CAGCUCUCACCUUCUCCUGAUCGUCUGCAGCACGAGCAAUGCGGUGCAGUGCGCCUCUCCCCCUCUCUCGCACUCUAACUCCCUCUCCGGUUCCCUCCUCCUUCGCUUCUCGCGUUUCACGGAGGCUGCAGCUUGGGUUUCCCGACAGGGCUGCUGCGGCGGUGUCUAACUGGAAAUGCAUCCGCCGCGCCUGUUUCCGCUCCGCUGCGCUGUCUCCGUCUCCGGUGCCGUCCGGAGAGUGUGAUCCGCCGGCCGAGACCGAAGACUACGUUGUGGUCAAUUUCUACCGUUUUGUGUUCAUUCAAGACCCACAGGAGCUGCUUGCUCAACACAUCUCGUUCAUGGAGGGUCGUGAUAUUCAUGGGCGGAUAUAUCUCAACGAGCAAGGGAUUAAUGCUCAGGUAUGCCGUGAAUAGGUUAGUUUGCUUCAUUCACUAUCACUCUGUGCAAAUUUCUGUUUCCUGCUUGGAAUUUUAGCUCCAAAGCUGACAGAUUCAGUCGUGAGUUGCUUGUACCUCGCAUUGUUAGUACAGUACAGCGGCCCGAAGAAAGAUGCCUUGGCGUAUGUUGAUUUUGUAAAGGAAGACCAAAGGUUCUCCGACAUUUUGGUCCAGACAUCUCCAAGUUUAUAUGGCUGCCAUGUCUUCCCAAGGUUGAAGUUGCGGUAUAAGCCCUCUCUUGUUCAGGUUGUGGGAAAAAUCUCACAUCUUUCUUUGCUUGACUCGGCAAAAUGUGCAACACCUUUGACACCAUCCCAGUGGAGGAUCCGAUUGGAGGCAAUAAAUAAUGUCAAUAAUUUGUCAAAUGUGGAUAUCAACAGAAAGUGUGUUUUACUUGACGUAAGAAAUGGUUAUGAAUGGGACAUUGGUCACUUUCAAGGAGCUCAGAGGCCUAAUGUUGACUGUUUCAAGAGCACUUCAUUUGGGCUUUCUGAGCCAGAGGUCCUUGCUUCUGAUCCUUUAGCAGGUGUUGAUAAAGAUAAAACUGAUAUAUUGAUGUACUGCACUGGAGGCAUUCGCUGUGACAUGUACUCCACACUCCUGAGGGAAAAGGGGUUUGAACGGUUAUAUACCCUAAAGGGUGGGGUCUCCCAUUACCUCAAAGCGGAAGGCUCUUCCGGAUGGAUUGGAAAUGUUUUUGUAUUUGAUUCGCGCCUAUCUCUACCACCAUCAAGCUACAACCCUGAAGCAGAAUCACAACUAGAUGGAGCGGAAGAAGUCAAAUCACAGCAUAAGGCAUUUGCAAGUUGUUACGUUUGUGGUUCACACGUUACGGAACUGAGGCACCGUAAUUGUGCAAAUAUAGACUGCAACCAUCUUUUCCUAUGUUGCAGGGAAUGCUCGGCCAAUCUACGGGGAAGUUGCUGCUUAAACUGCACAACUGCUCCCCGACUCAGACCUUUGUUACCAAUCAAGGGGCACCAAAAGUAUGAGAAGUGGCACCACUAUCGAGAUCUCAUGCAAGCGCAACGCAUAUCAUGAAGUAUUCUUCUUGGGGCUGUUUUCGUUCACCUUAUUGUUGGUCGUGAAUAAGGUUAAACCCCGCAUAUCAUGAAGUACUAGUUUAAACCCCCCGUGCUUGCACUCAUUACGUGUUUCGUUCCAUUUUAAAAGUUGGUCGAAAGAGCGGGAUGGCCCUUUGGGCUCGAAAACAAAAUCUAGAACUAUGU